AUGUCGAAUCCAUCCGGAAUAACCAUUCACGACCAGUGCAUCGCCGCAUACAACCAACUCCGCUCGGGGAGAGGAACCCCCAAGCCCAAGUUCAUCAUCUACAGAAUCUCGGACGACACCACUACCAUCAUUCUGGAGGAUUCAUCCCCGGAGACAGACUACGAGAUCUUCCUCCAGAGACUUUUCUCUGCGGUUGACAAAGAUGGAAAUCCGGCUCCCCGCUAUGGCGUGUACGACGUGGAGUAUGAUCUUGGGAAUGAGGGCAAACGCAGCAAGACUGUCUUCAUCCACUGGGGUCCAUCUCAGGCGUCGAUCAAGCUUUGCAUGCUCUACGCCUGCAGCAAAGAGCAGCUGCGAAAGGCCCUUGACGUCAGCAUCUCCAUCCAUGCAGAUAGUCGGGAUGAGCUGGAGUGGAAACAAGUAUUGAAGGAGGCGAGUGGGGGGAAGGCAUAG